AUGUCUAGCCGUCACGUACCUACCAAACGGAUUAAUUCUGGCAUUCGGUUUUCAAUUCCACAUGAGUCGGAACGAGCCCCUCCCGAUGGACCACUCCUUGGCCCGAGAUUUCGCAAGUCCAAUAUCAUCCGGAAAGGGGACGAGCAAGGUUCUUUUGACAAAAGCUCUGUACAGACCCUCGGCAGUUGUGUUGCGAUGUCCGUAAAUCAUGAUGCUUAUGGGGACCAACGCGCAUUGCCCACGGCUGAGUCUUCAGGGAACGGGACACUACGGAAAGAGGAGGAUGUGACCCAGUGUCUCCCUAUCCUCCAGGUGUCUUUGACUGCGACUAUUCAUGGAAUUUUAGCUCAUACCGAAAUCAUACAGAGCUUUCACAACUCUUCUGACAUAGCCAUUAAAGAAGCUAAACAUACUUUCCCUUUGUAUGAUGGGGCAGUCAUCACUGAAUUUGAGUGCACUAUUGGCGACGAGCGUCGGAUCCGAGGUGUCGUCAAGCCAAAGCAACAGGCCCGCGAAGAUUUUGAAGAGGCAGUACACGAACAGGCAAAGGCAGCAGCCCUUCUUGAAGAACACACGCCAGAAAUUUUCGAGACGUCACUCGGAAAUAUUCCUCCCAAAACAAGCGUUGAGGUGAAGAUUGUAUACAUUCAAGAGCUGAAGGUAGUCUUGAUGGAGACUAAAGCUACCGAGGGAAUAGCGCUUGUUAUCCCAACAUCCAUUGCUCCGCGCUACGGUCGUUCCCAAUUAGCAUGGCAGCCAGAAUCCCAGUUACCCAAAGACAGGCUUGACAUCACAGUCAGGGUAUUGAAUGACGGUCGAGUAAACCCUCGUGGGUGUGAAGAAGAGUCGGGACAUAUUGUAUACGACGAAGGAUCCAAAUUGAUGGAGCCCCCACGACCAUCUGGUCGCAUUGGAGCGCCUGAGUCUCUCAGGGAGUAUCACGUCUGGCAUCACCAUUCAAAGACGCCAGUACUAACUAAAGACUUCGUCUUUGUCGUUCAGGCUACAAAGGGUCAGGAAAUACGUUCCCGGGCCGUCUAUUCCCCGCCAGAUGACAGUGGGCUUGCAGCAAUGAUGGUUACCAUUCGACCCAAUGAACUAUUUCGAGACGCAAUCGUUCCUCAGUCAUUUUCGGGUGAAAUUCUCUUCCUUAUUGAUCGAUCAGGCUCUAUGAUUGCAGGUGUAGGUGGAUACCCAUAUAGCCGUCACACGACUAAGAUCGACGUAAUGCGACAAGCGAUGCUUUUGGCGGUAUCUGGCCUUCCCAAGACGUGUUACUUCAAUGUAAUAUCUUGGGGAUCGGAAACCUGGGCAUUGUGGGAGGAAUCAAGGCAACACUCUCCCGAGAACAUCAUCGAGGCCAAGGACUACAUCUCGCACAUCCGUGCCGAUAUGGGAGGAACAGAUCUGCUAAGGGCAUUGAAAGCUUCAGUUCAGCAUCGGCAUCACAAGCUUCAGUCGACUCAGAUCAUUGUCGUUACAGAUGGAGAGCUACAGCCAAAGAUUCCCAUGGAAUUUGUCUGGAAGACACGCCAAUCCCUGCAGAACAGAGUUCGCUUCUUUGCUCUAGGUAUUGGUGGCACCGUACCACACGCUCUGAUUGAGAGUAUUGCCGAGCUGGGAGGGGGAUACGGCGACGUCGUUGACAUAAUAGAAAACCCAAGGUGGCAUGAAAGGCUGAACCGUCUAGUUAAGGCGGCACUGGAACCAGACAGCUGGAAUUGUAUUGCUAACAUAGGUGAUGGCUUCAAACAGCACAGCCUAGCGGACUACGACGAACUCGAUACCAGAAAAACAUCAGACACACAGCCAGAUAUCCCUUACUUCCAAGCCCCAUACACUAUUGUGGCCCUCCAUCCAUUCAAGUUCACCACGAUCUUCUUCUUGAUUGACACUAAAGGUCGAGGACCGAUACCGAAAGAGGUUAUUAUAACUACGACGACCCCUGGGGCGAAGGAGCGGACUUACAGACUGCCGGUAGAGUCGGUACCGGACAAAGACGGCACAAUGCACCGAUUGGCAGCGAAGGCCACUCUGAUGGAUUUAGAAAAUCGCGUUGGGCGAGAACCCUCGGUAACCCCACGCGUCGAAGAAAACGCCCAAACCCUUGGCGCUAGAUACUCUAUAACCAGCAAGUGGACGAGCUUUGUCGCCAUUCCUCAAGACGAGUCCGACACGACUACAGAGGGCAACAUGAUAGAACACUACAAGACUUUACUAGAUAGUAUGGAUAUCAAUGACCUGCUCACAGGGGCAGAAUCGGACAGUGAUGGAUUCGAGGCUGCUGGGACCGGCUCGUCUUGGUCAUGUGCCAACGACAACCCUAUCUUCUCCUUCCCAAACCGAAAGCAUUUCAGAGGGUGGGAUUCGGAUGAGGACGACAGUGGCGGCAUCCCAACCAUCUUUUUCCCAGACGAACAGUCUUUUAGUGUCUCCAGGUCUUAUGACCGAUGUUCUAAGGAGAUUGACUAUCUCGGGAACCAAAGCGAAAGUUGGAAGCCACAAAUGCCCAAAUCGAACAAGGCAACCGUCAGUAAGCCAAAAGCUGCCAGAUACACACGUAGAGACGUCAACAUCAUGUCGUCCGCAACAACUCUUCCCCAAUCUAGGGACCCCCUCAAUUGGGAGAUCACUGUUUCAAAUCAGAAUGGACAAGGGCUUUUUGAGCUGCCCCGAUCAGCAAAAGAGAAGUUACGGUUUCACUUUUGCUCCAACACGUCAUUGGCUCUUGGUAUCAAGCUUGAUAAGCCUUUUCUGAGAGAGGACGAAGAAACCUCGAUCGAGGUUAUCAGCGACACACUCAUGAUUAUCAAAUACUAUCAGACACAUCUAAGUCACAUUGAAGAUAUCUGGGAUCUCAUGAUGACGAGGGCACAGGACGCAGUCACAGAUUUCAUAGGAGAGAAGGCGGCGGACCUCUGCGGGGACCUUCUGGCUGACUCCAUGAUGCAUGCACACUAUAUAGCAGCAACUGGAGUAAAGUCAAGUCAGGGUGAAGGGUCUACCGGCACGGCGACAUGCCCAAUGUGUCAAAUUCCCUGGCAGACUUCGCGAAGAUUCUUUUGUCCUUUUGAUCACGAUUCAGACACACUUGAUGUGUUUGAAGAAUGGAUUGACUUUUGGAAACAUCAGCAGCAGCACAAACACCUGGUCUGUCCGAUGGAAGGGGUUCAAGCUGAAUAA